CCAUACAGCGAUCUUGCGGAAAUCCUCUCUCGUUCAUUCAUAUUCAUGAUUUUCAGUCUAUUUUCAGUCUAACAGUUCUCAAUUUUGCAGGAUCCGAUUAGUUUCUUGUUAUUCAUUCUUUGUUCUUGUUUAUUUCUAUUUUCUGUUUUGCUCUAACAAUAUGGAUGCAGGAUCUUUGACCUCUUCGAACAAAUACCAGUCUAAAUGCCCGGACCAAAGAAGGACUGUCAGAGAAAAUUUGGAUAGAUUCAUACCCAACCGGUCAGCAAUGGACUUCGAUUACGCUCAUUACAUGCUAACCGAAGGAAGAAAAGGUAAAGAGAACCCAGCUGCUAGCUCUCCAUCCAAGGAGGCUUACAGGAAGCAAAUGGCCGAGACCUUAAACAUCAACAGGACCCGGAUCCUUGCCUUCAAGAACAAGCCCCCUACUCCAGUCGAAUUGAUUCCACAGGAGUUCUACUCUGCAAGUAUUCCUCAGCAAUCCAAAGCCUCAAAGCCUCGCAGACAUAUUCCUCAGACUUCUGAGAGAACAUUGGAUGCUCCUGACCUGGUGGAUGACUAUUACUUGAACUUACUGGACUGGGGUAGCAGCAACGUUCUGGCUAUUGCUCUUGGAGGCACUGUAUAUCUAUGGGAUGCUUCAGAUGGUUCUACCUCAGAACUUGUUACGCUUGAAGACGAAAGCGGCCCUGUCACAAGUGUCAGUUGGGCUCCUGAUGGAAGACAUAUUGCCAUUGGCUUGAACAACUCUGAUGUUCAGCUAUGGGAUUCAACAGCCAACCGUCUGCUGAGAACUCUGAAAGGUGGCCACGCAUCAAGGGUGGGCUCCCUAGCUUGGAACAAUCACGUCCUUACAACUGGAGGAAUGGAUGGUAAAAUCAUAAAUAACGAUGUGAGAGUAAGAUCACAUAUUGUUGAGACCUACAGAGGACACCGGCAAGAAGUAUGCGGACUGAAAUGGUCGGCCUCGGGGCAGCAGCUAGCCAGUGGAGGCAAUGACAAUUUGCUAUACGUCUGGGACAGGUCCUCGGCAUCGUCAAAUUCGCCUACACAGUGGCUUCACAGGAUGGAAGACCACACAGCUGCAGUGAAAGCACUUGCAUGGUGUCCCUUCCAGGGCAAUUUGCUGGCCUCUGGCGGAGGUGGUGGUGAUCGGUGCAUCAAGUUCUGGAACACUCACACGGGUGCCUGCCUGAACUCGGUGGACACUGGCUCACAGGUCUGUGCUCUGCUUUGGAACAAGAACGAGCGUGAGCUCCUUAGCUCUCACGGUUUUACACAGAAUCAACUCACUCUGUGGAAGUACCCAUCGAUGGUGAAAAUGGCAGAGCUUACUGGUCAUACAUCCCGAGUCCUUUUCAUGGCUCAGAGCCCAGAUGGCUGCACAGUGGCAUCUGCCGCAGGAGACGAGACACUGAGAUUUUGGAAUGUUUUUGGGACCCCAGAAGUGGCGGCUAAGCCUGCCCCAAAAGCACACCCUGAGCCAUUUGCUCAUUUGAACCGGAUCCGUUAAGGUGGGGCAGUGAAUGGGGAAACCCACUCAAAGGUAAAAAAUAGUCUCUCAUGAAGUUCUCCGAGACUUGAAGAAGAAAGACGAUUCUGAUAUUUCCUUGAAUUUGUGAAUGGGAAACCCACUCAAAAGGUAAAAGACGAAUGGUGGGGGAUGCAUUGAGAGUUUUGAUUAUAUAUGUAUAUACUUUUGUCGAAAAGUAUGAAGGAUUAAUCCGGUUGUACUAUUCAGAUAUUUUUCAUAGUGAAAGCUCUCCAUCAUCUUCGCCCGUGGAUGUAGUCACUCGGUGACGAACCACGUAUAUCUGUGUCUUCUUCUUCUUCGAAA